AUGAUAAUUGAACAAAUUAUGGCUCCUUUUUAUAUGCAAAAAAAUUCUAUUAAUUUAAGCAACACCAAGAUGUUGCGCGUGCACGUAAUAAGAAUAUUGAACAUAAUAAGACUAGUGCACGUAAUAAGAAUAUUGAACAUAAUAAGACUAGUGCACGUAAUAAGAAUAUUGAAGGUAAUAAGACUAGUGCACGUAAUAAGACUAUUGAAGGUAAUAAGACUAUUGAAGGUAAUAAGACUAUUGAAGGUAAUAAGACUAUUGAAGGUAAUAAGACUAUUGAAGGUAAUAAGACUAGUGCACGUAAUAAGACUAUUGCACGUCAUAAGAUUAUUCACGCGUCAUGAGUUUCAUUGUUUAUUUCAAUGCCUUAUGAAGACACAAAUGAGAAGAAAACUAUUUUCUUCAUUAGUCAAGCUAACAGUUAAGAGCAUUAAGUUUCAUAAUGAGUUGAAAAUAGUAACCGAGUUGAUAAGGUGA